UACAAGAAGUUAAGAACGCAAAAACAAUCGCUGUCAAAAAAUCAAUUCAUUAUCGGAUAUUAAAACGUUUUGAUGUUAUUUUUAUUGGGAAUGAAGACAAACUUAUUUUUCCAGUGGAAAGUGGAUCUGAAGAUAUUCGAUAAUACGUAUGUAAUGACGAACUUUUUGAUAUUUUACACGCAGCUCAUAUUGAAACAGGACAUGGUGGUAGGAAUCGGAUAAAUCAUAUGCUAAAAAAAAAUUCAAAAAUAUUAAUGUGGAAGCUAUAAAUGUGUACUUGAAAAUGUGUGAAACAUGCCAGAAAAAGCAUAGUACUCGUAUGCCAAAAAAAGGACUCGUUGUUAAACCGAUAUUGCACAAUGAAAUGAGUUCUCGAUGUCAAAUUGAUUUAAUUGACAUGCAAUCAAAUCCAGAUAAUGGUUUUAAAUACAUUAUGGUGUAUCAAGAUCACCUGACAAAAUGUGUGAUUAUACGGCCUUUACGGUGUAAACGUGCAGAAGAAAUUGCAUAUCAACUUCUAAAUAUAUUCACUCUCUUUGUAGCUCCUAGUAUACUACACUCUGAUAACGGGCGAAAAUUUGUAAAUAAAAUUCAGCAUUUCAUUCAGGUAUAAAACGAUCACCCUAUGAGGCAAUGUUUGGGUGUACAAAGAAAAUGGGACUUGCUACUUCGAGCAUACCGAAAAAUGUGAUAACAAAACUCAUUAAUGAAGAUGACCUUAUAUCUGUCCUUGAAAACUCUAAAAUUACAAUUUCUAAUAAGAAUGAGGAGACGAAUACUACUGAAAAAAUCAAUGAGGACAUAGACAUUGAUCAAAACCAAGGAAAAAAAAUCGAUAUUGAGAUCUACAAAAAAAAAGGGGUAGAUAUAGAAACAAAAAUAGACAACGAUGAAAAAACAAUUAUAUCGAAGAAAGAUAAAAAUGAAAAAGUUAAUGAAAAAAUAUUACUUGAACGUUCUACUAAAAUUAAACGACAACGAGAAGAGUCACUACAAUCUCUGGAAAAACAAGCAAAAUAAAUGAAUAAACAAUAUCUAAUAAACAUUUUCCUGCUGCAUUAAUUGAUCAAACAGUGCGAGUGAAAAUUCCAGAUUUCGACCGAUGUAAAAUUAAUUCUCGCACAUUAUUGGCUGUAGUUGUUGAGAUUAUUGACGAAGAAUUUUAUCGAUUAGGAUUUAAAGCUGGGAUAUUGAAUCAAUUAUUCACUAGAAAUCAAUUUACUUUAUGCGAAGAAAAAUGUAUUUCAAUAUCCGAUGUUCCAAAUACGACAACAAGCAUACGCCAAGCUGUUGCUCAACUUUCACUAUCAGGUGGGCAAGGAUUUUUGAGAUGUGAUUGCCCGAAAAAAUGUACAACUAAAAAAUGCAAAUGCCGCC